AUGGAUCUUUCCCCGGAAGAGCUUCAAUUUCUCAACAAAAGAGGAAUCUUGCAUGAAUCAACAUCGAUCCCCAAGUAUUCCCCAAAAACCUUCUACCUCAUAACCCUAACCCUAAUAUUCCCUCUCUCCUUUGCAAUCCUAGCACAUUCCCUCUUCACACAACCAAUCUUAGAUCAGAUCGACACUUAUCCACGAGCCGAUCAAGCUCAAACACAACACGAAUGGACCAUUCUCCUCGUUUUCCAAUUCUCCUAUUUCAUCUUUCUCUUUGCCUUCUCUCUUCUUUCCACAGCUGCCGUAGUCUUCACCGUUGCUUCUCUCUAUACGGGAAAGCCAGUUUCUUUCUCGUCCACGUUUUCAGCGAUACCUCUCGUCCUCAAAAGAUUGUUCAUCACUUUUCUCUGGGUCUCUCUCUUGAUGCUAGCGUACAACACCGUGUUCUUGAUCUUCUUGGUCACGUUGAUCGUAGCUGUUGAUUUACAGAAGGUAGCUUUAGCUGUGUUUUCGUUGGUAUUGAUCUUUGUUAUGUUCUUAGGCGUUCAUGUUUAUAUGACGGCUCUGUGGCAUUUAGCUAGCGUAGUUUCUGUUCUUGAACCGGUUUAUGGUCUCGCUGCGAUGAAGAAGAGCUAUGAGUUGCUUAAAGGAAAGACUAUUAUGGCUUGUUCGAUGGUUUUCAUCUAUCUUGUUCAUUGUGGAUUUAUUGCUGGAGUUUUUGGAGCAGUGGUGGUUCGUGGUGGAGAAGAUUACGGGAUUUUCGCUAGACUUGUCGCUGGUGGGGUCUUGGUUGGUGUUCUUGUGAUAGUGAAUCUAAUUGGAUUGCUUGUGCAAAGUGUGUUUUACUAUGUUUGCAAGAGUUUUCAUCAUCAGGAGAUUGAUAAAUCCGCUUUGCAUGAUCAUCUUGGUGGAUAUCUUGGUGAAUACGUGCCUCUUAAGAGUAACAUUCAAAUGGAGAACUUUGAAGUUUGA